CGCGUGUCUUUGCUUUCUGUGGUCACAAGUACCGUUCCUUUGGCGGCGACCAGCAAGAGAGAGGGGGAGCAGCAGCCAUGAAUCUUAUGGGGAAGCGCAAGAGGUCCAAAUCCGAUCCCUUCCCCGCUUCUCUUUCCAAGCGCCUUCGACGGCAAUUGCAGCCCGAUACGUCGGAGGGAGAUCCCGCCGCCGCCGCUGCCCCCGCAUCGUCCUCGCCCACCCUCGUCAUGGUCUCCGGCCUCCUCGCCGACUGCACCGUCCUCGAGCUGAAGUCCCGCCUCGAAAUGUUCGGUCCCAUCUCCCGCACCCGCAUCGACGUCGAUGGCCGUGGGUACGUCACCUUCCGCUCCGACCACGCCGCUGAGGCCGCCGUUGCCGCCUCCCUCGAUCCCACCUUCGGCCUCUCCGUCCGGUCCAAAAAGGUAUUAGUGGUUCGAGCGAGCGAUCCAUUACCAAUUAAGACAGGAGUCAAGAUUUCUCUCCCAUCAAAGCUGCUUCGUGCAGAAAUACCAUUGAGCAGACUUGGUCGUAGUAAGAAGCUUAAUCCAGGCAUGAGUACAGAAAGCACCAAAAAUAGAUCAAAGAGUCCCCACGCCAGCAGGGAAAUUAUCGCGUACCAUGAUCUAUUUUGAGAUUCACUUCGAUGAGCAUGUGUAGUCCCAUCUGUUAGAAUGGAUCCAGUUUUACUUGUAGCAUAGCUGUUUAUUUGAAGCUGAAGAAAAUAUUUGUUAUAUAUCAAAUGACUGGCUGAAUGUCUCAAAUGAUGUAAUGCUAAUGGUUGAUUAAGUGGAAAAAAAAUGAUGGCACUCAAGGCUAUAAUCUUA